GUUAACACUUCCGGUGUGCCAUAAUACCGCUGCGCAUACCUCAGGCGGUGGAGAGUGGACGCUGAUGGGGGACGAAAAGGAGACCUGGAAAGUAAAAACACUUGACGAAAUCCUGCAGGAAAAGAAACGCCGAAGAGAAUUAGAAGAGAGAACAGAUCUCAAGCGCCAGAAAAAUUUCACACAGGGCCUUGUUCCACAGUCGGAUGAUCGGGAAGCCAAACGAGAUACUCCGGAGGAAGGAGAACUACGGGAUCAAAGGAUGGAAAUAACAAUUCGUAAUUUCCCGUACACACGGGAGGACUCAACAGAGGACAGGUACUUGCCACUGGGUGAGGAAGAUGAAUCAUUAGCAAUCAAGCCUCCACAGCAAAUCGCAAGAAAAGACAAGUCUCACCAUAGAAAGGAAGAGAAGAGAAAAGACAAAAGACGUCAUCGCAGCCACUCUGCUGAAGGAGCAGGGAAACAUGUACGACCCAAAGACAAAGAAAAAGAACGAGAGAGCGAUCGCAGGAAGCGUCAGUGGGAGGAAGACAAAGCACGGCGAGACUGGGAGAGGCAAAAACGCAGGGAACAGGCCAGAGCUCAUUCCCGCAGAGAGAGACCCCGAUUGGACUCUCCUGGGUUUUUUUUGGACCACAGGGACCUGGAACAGCAGGAGCGCCAGCGUGAACGGGAGCGCAAGCUGCGCGAACAGCAAAAAGAGCAAAGGGAGCUGAAGGAUCGUGAGAGGAGGGCCGAGGAGCGACGCAAAGAGCGAGAUAGUCGGCGGGAAGUGCCGUCUCACCAUCGAAUGCUACCUGAUGAGUCAAAACAAAGUCACCGCAGCCGAAGUCCCAUCCGCACUCCCCGGGACAGAUCGGAACACAGCGAACCACGGAGAAGUGGAACAUCAAAGGAGGAAAAGCCAGAGAGCAAAGAUCUGCUCGCCGACCUCCAGGACAUCAGUGACAGCGAAAGGAAGACCAGCUCCGGAGAGUCUUCCAUUGCAUCAGGAUCAGGCUCUGAGGAAGAGGAUGAUGAUGAAGAAGAGGAGUCCAGCAGCCAGAGCGAGGGUGAAGAAGAGGAGUCCGUUUCUGGCUCAGGAAGGUCUGAGCAUAGUGCAGAGGACGUGAGUGAGGACGAGCAGUCAGGGGAAGACUUCGAAGAGGAGAGGGAAAAUGGAAAUCACAAUCACAUACCUGCAGUGCCGGAGUCCCGUUUCGAUCACGACUCAGAGGAAAGCGAGGACAUGGAGGAGGAAGAGGAGGAGGAAGAAGAAGAGGAGGAGGAGGAAGAGGAGGAUGCAGGAGAUGGUGACCCCACGCCUGUAUCUCAAGCUCAUUCUGGACCCCCCACCCCCGAAGAGAACUACAUCCCAGACUCCCCCCCGAUUUCACCUGUGGAGCUGAAGAAGGAGCUGCCUAAAUAUCUGCCCGCUUUACAGGGUUGUCGCAGUGUUGAAGAGUUCCAGUGCUUGAACCGGAUAGAGGAGGGAACCUACGGUGUGGUGUACAGAGCCAAGGACAAAAAGACAGAUGAAAUUGUGGCUUUGAAGAGGUUGAAGAUGGAGAAGGAGAAGGAGGGGUUCCCCAUCACCUCUUUGAGAGAAAUCAAUACAAUCCUGAAAGCUCAGCACCCAAACAUUGUCACAGUGAGGGAAAUAGUCGUUGGAAGUAACAUGGAUAAGAUCUACAUUGUGAUGAACUAUGUAGAACAUGACCUUAAGAGUCUGAUGGAAACCAUGAAGCAGCCCUUCCUGCCAGGUGAAGUAAAGACUCUGAUGAUUCAGCUGCUGCGAGGCGUGCAACAUCUCCACGAUAACUGGAUCCUCCAUCGUGAUCUGAAGACGUCCAAUCUGCUGCUGAGUCACAAGGGAAUUCUCAAGAUUGGCGACUUUGGUUUGGCCCGAGAGUACGGUUCCCCCCUGAAGCCCUACACCCCUGUGGUGGUGACCCUGUGGUACCGAUCCCCAGAGCUGCUGCUCGGAGCAAAGGAGUACUCCACAGCUGUGGACAUGUGGUCAGUGGGCUGCAUAUUUGGCGAGCUCCUCACCCAGAAACCUCUUUUCCCUGGAAAAUCUGAAAUCGACCAAAUUAACAAGAUUUUUAAGGAUCUGGGGUCACCCAGCGAGAAGAUCUGGCCCGGCUACAGCGAGCUGCCCGCUGUGAAGAAGAUGACUUUCACAGAGUAUCCCUACAACAACCUGCGAAAGCGCUUUGGAGCGCUGCUCUCAGAUCAAGGCUUUGACCUCAUGAACAAAUUUCUCACCUACUGCCCCAGUAAGCGCAUUUUAUCAGACGAGGGGCUGAAGCACGAGUACUUCCGCGAGACGCCGUUGCCCAUCAACCCGUCCAUGUUCCCCACCUGGCCGGCCAAGAGCGAGCAACAGAGGGUGAAGAGAGGCACCAGUCCCCGUCCACCCGAGGGAGGCCUCGGCUAUAGUCACCUGGGCGAUGAUGACCUUAGAGACACAGGCUUCCACCUGACAACCAGCAACCAGGGAGCAUCCGCUGUUGGUCCAGGAUUCAGCCUCAAAUUCUGAGCCCAAAACUGCAGGAUGCCUGACCGUCUAACCGAGAAAGCGGGAGCAAAGAGUUCUGGGACUUGUCGUUGUUUUGGACAGUGUCACUGGUUUACAGCUGUACACCGGAUCAAUAUCUGAUCAAUUACAACUGUAACCAUAUAGUCAGGACUGUCUCACAGCAAGACUGGUGGCUCGAACAUGUUGAAUCUCCAGAGUUUCCGCUCAACUUUUCGGCUUCUUCCCUAUAUUUUCAAGCCAUUUCACUAUUUUUAAUAUGGCCAUUUUAGCAAAGAGGAGGCACGACCAUACAUCUGUUAGAAGUUUAGCUCUCAUGUUUGAGUUUUGUUUUAUUUUCCUUUUUAUACUUCAUGAGAGAGGACCAGAUUUUCUAAAUGGUUGGUAUUUCCUGGCUGCCUGAGCUACUGUAUAAUGAUGCAGCAUUGGCUGUGUUCCCAUGCAGCAUUACGUUAGAAAUUUGCUUAGGACUGUCAAUGUCGCUCGAUGACAGGGGGACAAUGUUUUUGCUAGAAAUAAAGUUUGAAACUUUG